AAUGGGUCAACCUUUUUGGAUGUAUUCGAUGCUGAUGAAUUUGUGGAGUACAGGAAGGACAAUCUCUUCUACCCUUUUGCAUCCAAGGAGGAAUGGGAAGUUGCUGACUAUCUCCUUCACUCAUCCCUGAGUAUGGCAGCAAUUGAUGAAUUCUUGAAGCUUCACAUGAUCCAAAAUUUACAACUAUCAUGCAGCAAUGCUAGUGAAUUGCAUAGUCAUGCCAAGAUGCUCCCCAGCAGACCAAGCUGGAAAUGCCAGACCAUUCCCUCACUUCAUCCUACAAAACUUCCUAUCCGCUUAUUCUGGCGAGAUCCCAUUGAAUGCCUGGAAAGCCUUUUCAGCAAUCCUCUGUUUCAUGAUAAGCUCGAUUUUGUCCCUUGUCGCAUGUACAAAAUGGCAGCGUGGCUUUUGAGGGUAUAUUCUGAAUGGUUGACAGGUAAUUCUGCAUGGGAUGUGCAGAGCCAAUAUCCUAGAGGUGCUAUGAUCCUCAGUGCUGUUUUAUCUUCUGAUAAAACAAAUAUCACUACCAUGACUGGUGCCAGGAUCGCCCAUCCACUUCUUCUUGGCCUUGCCAACAUACAUAUGCAUACUUGGAUGAAACUCUCAUCCAAAGCAUUCAUGCUCACAGCUCUUCUCCCCAUUCUGAAGUACCUACACCCCAACCAACGGAUGCAUGGUGUGCUUGAAGACUGCCUGGUGCAUGAGUGCCUUUCAAUUGUCCUGAAGCCCUUGAUGAUAGCGGUGGAAGUUGGCAUCAUGAUGUCUGAUCUGGUGGGAAAUGUUCGACACUGUUUUAUGCCUCUUGCAGUGUACAUCAUUGAUACCCCAGAGGCAGCCAUGCUUGCAUGCAUGCAUGGGAAGACAUCUCCUUUCACCAUGGCUUCAUAUCUACAGUUUGGGGAUCAUUUCUGGCACCCUGCUCGUACGCAUGCAAUAAUUCUCGCUCAGCUUGCCAGUAUUGCAGUUGAUCCAAAUGAUCUCGAGGUGUAUUUUGAGGCAUGCUCUGAACACCAGCUAAAUGGUGUUCAUGCACCUUUCUGGAAGGGCUUCCCCCACACUGAUCCCUCCAUCUUCCUGAUGCCAGAACCACUACAUCACUGGCAUAAGGAAUUUUAUGACCAUGACCUUCAGUGGUGUCUCAAGGUUGUUGGCACCCAGGAGUUAGAUUUCAGGUUCUCUAUAUUACAGCCCAUCACAGGCUAUCACCACUUCACAGGUGGAAUUUCAAAACUCAAGCAGGUCACAGGCAGAGUUCAUCAUGACAUUCAGCGCUAUAUUGUUGGCCUGAUAUCUGGUGUAGCUCCUCAUCACUUUGUGAUUGCAAUACAUGCCCUCAUGGAUGUCUGGUACUUGGCGCAGUGCCCUGCACCUGAUGACGACUUACUGUCAUGUAUUGACCAAUCCCUUUUGACAUUUCAUGAAAAUAAGAAUGUCAUCAUGACAUUAGGUGCAUGGAUGGGAGCAAAGAAACCAAUUGACAAUUGGUUCAUCCCCAAGUUGGAGCUCCUGCAGAGCAUCACGUCUAGUAUGCGCAAAGUUGGUGCCCUCAUCCAGUGGUCCACAGAUGCAACUGAACAUGCCCAUGUAUCUGAAAUUAAGGACCCUGCGCAACACACAAACAAUAAUGAUUAUGACCCACAGAUAUGUUGCUAUCUGGAUCGUCAGGAGAAACUGCGAUGUUUCACAAUCACUACAACACUCAAAGUCACAAUCCUGUAG